AGUAUUGCUUUCCCAUGGGUGUGGUAUUGGAGGCCAGCCCCACCACACUGAAGAAAGCUUUGUGCUGUAGUCUUUUCACUCUCCUUUUCUGCUUCUUAGUCUUUAUUAAAAAAAGAAAAAGAUAGCUGUUCAAAAAAGAAAUGAAUAGAAGAGGUGCAAGUUAUAAUGAUGUAUAGUAAUUUAAUAUUUGUUUAAUAAGAAAUAUAGAGAUUUGAAUUGGUUAUAUCAUAAGUAACCCUAAUACAUAUAAAAAGACUUGUUUGCUCUUGAAUUGGGACAUAAAACCAUUAACAUUUUGGAAAUUUGUGUCACUCACCUUUUCACCAAAGUUGUCCUAUAAGGAAAUGUUUGAUUAAAAAAAUCUUCAGAGUCACUUUUUUCUGCUCUAUUUUAUUGUGUAGAACACUUUGCCAAGGGUCAGAGAAUAUCAACACGUAGAAUAUCAGGCACUAUCUCGGCUUUGCCUGCUGCAUCAUGUCCGCUUACCCCUGUGAGAAGUGGCAAUGUACCAGACAUUCUUGGCUAGUUCCUACUCAUAAGAACCAGAGGGAUCAUAACAUAGCCUGAAGCACAACAUACUGUGCUUUGAAGCAGCCAAGAAGGGCCUCAUAUAAUGCAUCAUUUACAUACAAUCCAAAGGGACUGAAAGACAUUGAUCCUCUAGUUUUAUCAUUAACUCUAACUAGCAUCAUUUUAGUAUUUUUUUCCUUUGCCCAUCUCAAUAUGACUGCUGACUUGAAUAGCAUAGUAAGUAGAUUUACUGAUCAUUCACCUACAUUUAUCAUGAUCCAGUAAUCUCAACAUUGUCUUAUUUUUGGACAGUUUUGCUGUUAGUCACCAGCAUAAUCCUUCUGUUUGCUUAACCACAGAAUUCAACAAUAUUCAUAAUUAAGGAGUGGCUUUGUGUGUUUUUAGAAGCAAAAACUAAAUUCCUAAGCCGUGAGAAAUCAAGUUCUAGUGAUUUUAAAUAGGUCUGGUGACAUAAGAAAGGCAAGAGUUUACCUCUGGUCAGAAUCCUAGAGUCUCACUUAAAGUUGAGAUAAUCUUCCAUUUAUUGUUUUUAAAGGCAGCAAAUAUUUCCAUUUUAUUUUUCCACAGCUAACAUAAACUGUGUAUUUUGUGGUUGAAUUUGGAAAUUUCCCCAGAAAACAGAUAACAAUUUGUUUACAUAGUCCAGAUUGAAGAAAUAGAAAGUUAUUAAUUUAACAUAAAUCCAGUAUCUACUCAUUUCUAAUCCCAAAGUGAGUGUUGGAAGCCUUUCUAAUCCCAAGACCACUGGAAUGGAUAGAAAACAACAGAAGCAAACUGAGGACAUUGAACAAAAUGAGACUGAACUGCUGCCGAGAAAUCCAUACUGUUCCAAUGAAGGCGCACACUGUGGCUGCAGAUUCCCCAACAUGACCUUCCAACCACAGUUGGUUGCAACAAAACCAUGGUCACUCUGGAAGACAUUUCUGGUGUGUCUGCUAGCCUGUCUAAUUGCUACGACCCUUCUUGUCUUGGUCUUAUAUUUUGUCCACUUUGGCAAACCCAAUGGCAGUGGCACCACUAUCAUCAUUCAUGCAGAUGGAAAGUCCAGUCAUAUCACCUGCAUCCCUGGUUCUUCUCUGCCUCCCACCUCCCCAACUCAGCCAACACCUCAGAGCACAGUGCCUUCUAACACUACAGUAGGCCAGAGCUCAUCUACUGGAGUGCCUCUACCUGCUUUGAAUACCACUGUAGACCAUGAAAUUAUCAUUGGUGAUGAAAUAUGACAUUUCCCAAGUCCUUAACCCUCCUCAAGACAAAUCAACAACCCUGCACAGAAGGCAUGUCCAAAGUGUCCCCUCCUCUUUGCUAAAAGUUUUCAAAACAUUUGGCUUCUUGAGGUCUUAUCCCUCUUGCUCAAUCAUUUGCUGGAUUUCCCAUAAGAUGAUUACUCAGUCUUAGGCCUUCCAAUGUCCAAAUAAUUGGAAAAGAAAAAUUUCAACUGAUGGAGCUUGAUUCACUCACACAAUCUUGGAGUCUAGAGUUUUAUUUCCAGCUGCCCUGUACAACCAACUUCAUUUAUCACCAAGGAGGAAUUUAACUGCUUAAAGAGGCAGCCAGACCCUGCUGUGCUUAGCAGCCUGGAUGUGGGUUUGUCAAGUGAAGGUUUGCUUGUUCAUUUGGGUUUGUUCGUUUGUUUCUUUGCUUUAACCACCUUUUAAAUGAGUAUUUCACAAUAUUAUUUAUAUUCCAUGAGGAAAGAAGGAAAUAUCCAAUUAAAAAGUGAUUAGUGAAAAUGAAUUAUUAUGUGAAUAUAUUAUAGUUCCUCCUAGCAGGGAAUUCAGAUAGGCAAGAAGGGAAGUUCAGGAAGUCAACAAUAACCAAGAAUAACCAAGGAAAAUUUCAGAGAAAGAUUGGAAAGUGAAAAAGAGAGGAAGCUUCAAGGAGAGAUAAUUAAAAUGGAAGUGCUCUAAUAAACUUAAAAGCAAAAAGUACAGGAGGGACCGGGUAGAAACAUACUUGGUAGAACAGACAUAUUAUAAUGGACAAGGACCCAGGUUCAAACCCAUGGUCACCACCUUCAGGGGAAAAGUUUCACAAAUAGUGAGGCAGUAGAGUCAUCUCUAUCUUCCCCUCUCUUCUCAAUUUUUCUGUCUCUGUUCAAUAAAUAAAUGAAAAUUAAAAAAAUAAAGGCUAAAUUAGUUUUUAAAGAAGUGUGUUCAGAAACACACCAAGUGUAAUAACAGAUGUGUUUUAUAUAUCUGUAUUUUCUCACUAAUAUUGUCAACAUUUUUUCCAUGUUUGAUAUUUCUCUUAAUCUCUAUACUUCUUCAAGGCCUCUGUAAAAUUACAAGGUUCAGAUUGUGUAUUAUGAUUUAUAUGUAACGUUGACUGCACAACAUUUUUGAUUUACUACAGUUCUUGUUCAAUGUCACUUAUAUUCUGAGUGUUUACUACUUGCUGGAAGGAUGUAUACUUUCAUGGAGUCUAACCAACCUACUCAUUCCACCUGGCAACAUCCGGACUCUACCAAAGGGAAGAGUCCUUUCCAGCUUAUGACUUGUGAUUCUCUUUUACAUCUCUGGAGUUUUCCUUUCCAGCUUAUGACUUGUGAUUCUCUUUUACAUCACUGGAGUUUCUGUAUGUGCUUAUAGUAUCUCAAGCUUUCCUACAACAAAAUAUUUUGUGUUCUAUACAAACCUAGGUUGACUUUCUGCAUCCAAUAGCAUCUCAUUUAGAUAAGCACAGAUCUAACAAAGUAGAAUUUGACUGAGUUUGGAGUAUCUCACCAAAGUAAAAAUCUCAGAGUGGGAGGGAGAGAUUAGAUUUUUACUGCAAAUAAAUAAAUAAACAUAGAUCUUUAGGACUUUCUGAAUGAUAAGAGUCUGCUAAUGAAAGAUGAGGCUUGUAGGUUUUUUCUUCAGAUAAAUAGUUUCUUUAGAAGGCUAGUACUAUAUCUCAGACUCUGAGAUAAAAUUUGAGUCUUUGAAAAAUAAUUUUUGUACCACAAAUAUGUUUGGAUAACAGAAUUUAAGAACUGUGAAAGGGGGAGUUGGGUGGUAGCGCAGCGGGUUAAGCUCAGGUGGCGUAAAGCACAAAGACCGGUGCAAAGACAGGUUCAAGGAUCCCAGAUCGAGCCCCUGGUUUCUCACCUGCAGGGGAGUCGCUUCACAGGCGGUGAAGCAGGUCUGCAGGUGUCUCUCUUUCUCUCCCCCUCUCUGUCUUCCCCUCCUCUCUCCAUUUCUCUCUGUCCUAUCCAACAAUGACGACAUCAAUAACAACAACAAUAAAACAACAAGGGCAACAAAAGGGAAUAAGUAAAUAUUAAAAAAAAAAGAACUGUGAAAGGCAUACACCUAUUAUAAAACAAAUUUCAUAAAGUGGUAGAUAAAAUUAAAAGAGUGGGUAUGCUUAUAUUUUUAUGUGAUGUGCUUCUAAAUAUAUUCAUGUCUACCAUGAUCUUGAUAUCAAUGCAAAAAAGAAAGUUUACAAUUAUUAGCCUCAAUGAUUUCUUAUAUAAGUUAAACUUUGUGGUAGAAGAUAAUAAAAGUUCUCAAAAAUA